AUGCCGCCUCCUGGGUUUCGGCACCAGUGUGGUGAGAAUAAGACACGGCGGGUCCAGGGAUCAGUGUUUAAAGCCAUUUUAUUUCCAUCACCUCACACCACAACCACCCAACCUCGUGUUUUUAACUUGGCGGACGUGAUUAAGGAUGCCGUGCAGGUGCGUCCGCCCUCCCUGCAUGGCACCGCCGGCCACGCCCCACCACACAUGCUUCUGGAGGAAAACAUCAUCACCUUUGUGAAGAAUGAGCUGGGCAAGAUCCAGAAGGUUCUGAGUCCGGAUUAUACGGAAGCCUUAGAGAGUCAGAGGGAAGAUGAAGGUGAUGAGCAGAAGUCGAGCAGAAAGGCAUUUGUUGAGAUCACAAUGUACUUCCUGAGGAAAAUGAAAUAUAAGAAGCUGGCUGAUCAUCUACAGAGCCAGUACACUUCAGUAAAUGUUCUGCUUGUAAAUCUCAUCAGGGGGAACCUUUUUUCCUCUGCUCGCAUCUGGAUAACCACACGACCUGCAGCAGCCCAUCUCAUCCCUCCACAAUGUGUUGAUAUGGUGACAGAUGUCAUGGGGUUCACUGAUCAACAGAAGGAGGAGUACUUUAAGAAGAGAUUUAGAGAUAGGAAGCAGAGAAAAAGGAUCAUCUCCCACAUCAAGACAUCACGAAGUCUCCACAUCAUGUGCCACAUCCCAGUCUUCUGCUGGAUCACUGCUACAGUUCUGGAGGAUGUGCUGAAAACCGGAGAGGGAGAACGGUUGCCCAAGACCCUGACUGAGAUGUACAUCCACUUCCUGGUGGUUCAGACCAAAGUGACGAAGGUCAAGUAUGAUGGAGGAGCUGAGACAGAUCCACACUGGACUCCAGAGAACAGGAAGAUGAUUGAUUCUCUGGGAAAACUGGCUUUUGAUCAGCUGCAGAAAGGAAAGCUGAUCUUCUAUGAAUCAGACCUGACGGAGUGUGGCAUCGAUAUCAAAGCAGCCUCAGUGUACUCGGGAGUGUUCACACAAGUAUUUAAAGAGGAAAGAGGGCUGUAUCAAGACAAGGUGUUUUGCUUCAUUCAUUUAAGUGUUCAGGAGUUUCUGGCUGCUCUUCAUGUCCAUCUGACCUUUAUCAAUUCUGGAAUAAAUCUACUGGAAAAACAACAAACAACCUCCCAGACGUCUGAAACAAGCGAGCCUACAUUCUUCUACCAGAGUGCUGUGGGCAAGGCCUUACAGAGUCCAAAUGGACACCUGGACUUGUUCCUGCGCUUCCUCGUGGGUUUUUCACUCCAGACCAACCAAAGUCUCCUGCGAGGCCUGCUGAUACAGACAGAAAACAGCUCACAGACCAAUCAGGAAACAGUUCAGUACAUCAAGAAGAUGAUCAAUGAGAAUCUGUCUGCAGAGAAAAGCAUCAAUCUGUUCCACUGUCUGAAUGAACUGAAUGAUAGUUCUCUAGUGGAGGAGAUCCAACAGUGCCUGAGUUCAGGACUUCUCUCCACAGAUGAGCUGUCUCCUGCUCAGUGGUCAGCUCUGGUCUUCAUCUUACUGUCAUCCGAAAAAGAUCUGGAUGAAUUUGACUUAAAGAAAUUCUCAGCCUCUGAGGAGGCUCUUCUAAGGCUGCUGCCAGUGGUCAAAGCCUCCAACAAAGCUGUACUGAGUGGCUGUAACCUCUUGGAAAGAAGCUGUGAAGUUAUGUCCUCAGUUGUCAACUUCCACUCCUCUACUCUGAAAGAGCUGGACCUGAGUAACAAUGACCUACAGGAUUCAGGAAUGAAGCUUCUGUCUGCAGGACUGGAUAGUUCUCAAUGUACACUAGAAACCCUCAGUGUGUCAGGCUGUCUGAUCACAGAGGAAGGCUGUACUUCACUAGCUUCAGCUCUCAGCUCCAACCCCUCCCAUCUGAGAGAGCUCGACCUGAGCUACAACCAUCCAGGAGACUCAGGAAUGAAGCUGCUGUCGAGUGGGCUGAAGGAUCCACGCUGGAGACUGGACACUCUCAGGGUGGAGCCUGCUGGAGUCCAAUGGUUGACACCAGGUCUGAGGAAGUAUUCCUGUCAACUCAUAAUCGACACAAACACCGUAAACAGAAAACUCCAACUGUCUGAAAACAACAGGAAGGUGACAGGUGUGGACAAAGUUCAUUCAUAUCCGGAUCAUCCAGACAGAUUUGAUAUCCGCCCAGAGUUGCUGUGUAAAAAUGGUUUGACUGGUCGCUAUUACUGGGAGGUUGACUGGAGAGGAAACGUUCAUAUAUCAGUGAGUUACAGAGGAAUUGGAAGGAAAGGAGACAGUACAGAUUGUUUGUUUGGAUUUAAUGAGCAGUCCUGGAGUCUGAGGUGCUCUGAUGAUGGUCCUCGUCAUAUCUGGCAUAAUAACAAAUCAAAGUCCAUCUCCUCCUCCCCUUCCGUCUCUAACAGAGUAGCAGUGUAUGUGGACUGGCCUGCUGGCACUCUGUCCUACUACAUAGUCUCCUCUCACACUCUGAUCCACCUCCACACCUUCAACACCACAUUCACUGAACCUCUUUAUCCUGGUUUUUAUGUUUGGCCUGGUGCUUCAGUGUCUUUUUGCCAAGUUGAGUAUAAAGAGUGUCCCCCUGUUAGAGAAACACUCUGACUGUUGAACAGAUAGUUCAGUCUGUACAUGUCUGUCUCUUUUACUCAGAAACAUGUUUUCAGAUUCACGGAUUCAAUCAGUUGAUGUUUUAAACUGUUCUAAAUGAUUCCUUGUAAACUUUUUCCUCUUCAGUCCUUUAAAGAUGGAAGCUACGAUUAUGUUGUUUUUCUGUCUUUAUCAACUCAAAGCUUUACAGUGAAUAUUAGUACAAUGUUUGUUCCUGAAGCUUAGUUUACAACCAGCUCCUCUGCAUUUUCAACAAGUCUGAGCUCGUGAAAAUGUUUGAUUUCUCUUUCUUAGUGUGAUUUUUCCACACUGUCCACGUGCUCUUACUGUUUCAAUCAUUUUUGAAAAUGUUUCAGACAUAAGGGGAAAGUAUUGGCUAAGUAAUUUUUAAUGGGGUUUUGACCAUAAUAUGUUUGUAUUAAGUGGCAUGCAUUAUAAUAACAUAUCUAAUACAUUGCAAAGACUGCAUUAACUUAUUGAAACUAGUCUUCCCUUUUUCUCAAAGACAUAUCAAGGUAGAAUUUGGUACACUAUGUAGGUAACGGCUUUAUUAUAAUAUUUAUAUAAAUAUAUAAAUAUGCCUGUAUAGAAUUGGAUAUGUUGUGUAUCUGUUUAGUUUGUGAUAGUUUUCAAGUUUGAUACAAAGUUCAAAGUUCUGGUGGUGAAUCUGGUGUAAUUUGGUGAUAGACAUUAGGUUUUUUGGGGGUGGGGGGGUUGUAAUAAAACAUUGCAUCAAAAAUGAAGAGGAAUUGAUGACAGACGUUUUUUUUCCCAUAAAGGAAAGUUUCCUCUCUAAAGAGCCUUUUAAGCUACCUUCUGCCUGUACAGAUCACUGAGUUUACCAAGUGAUAUUUGAUGUAAUUCCUGUUUUUGAUGAUUUCAUUAAUCUCUAUCAUAUGUUGCUGUUUGAUUUUGAAUCCAAGCUUUUUGAAAAUACCAGUUUAUAGCGGUCUCUAUUGCAGCAACAGCAGAACAGAGUGGUUUGAAGGGUACAGUCCCAGAUCUGACUAAACAUUCCUGUAG